UCUUGAUAUCUGGGUGAAAUCGGCCGAAGUUGCCGUGGCCUGUAGGUUUCACGACGAGGAGGAACCUCAACAUGAGGGUCCAGAACCCCACUCGAACCUCACACGGGAACGGAGGAACGGCGUGUUAAGGCGUGCAUCUCGACUCUGAUGUAACAGAGCCCUUCCGUGUGGCCGCUGACCCGCUGAGAGUUCAGGGCAUUUCAGCCAAGUUGAGGUGGGUCCCGCCGCUAAGCUGCGAUUCGGGCGGAUGGAACCAAUCAGAGCUCGACUUAUUGCACCCCGUGCUGCAAUGACGGCGGAGCCCAGUGGUCGCGGGGAAGGUGCCUGCCUGUGAGAGAGAGCUCUCGACACUGCCCCGGCUCGCGGUGAAAAGGCUGCCGAUGCUUGAGCGAGGUGGAUUCGGGAUGUCGGAUGCAGAUAAGACGCCUCUUUCUGCUUUAUGCAAUGCAUCUGUUCUCGGAUCCCCAUGGAUCUUUGCUCUUCUUCUGAAUAUCUCAUCAAUCGCUGCGCUCGUCAGUCGGUCGUUGUCCAUCCGCGUGUGCUCACACUGCAGAUCGGGGUGAUACACAAUACUCGUGGUUUAGGUGGUCAAGAGAUCUAGGCGACGGCUUGUUCCGUGCGCUCCCUCAACCAGGAGAAGAAAAAAAGUUAUAGCCCCCUGUCAACUGACAGCAAUGUCGUCACUGCUUUUGAUAUCUUCAGAUUUGAGGUCCAAAAAUACACAACACCACCAUCAAUCGCGAUAAGCCGCGCCCCUGGCGUAUGAGGACAUGAGAUUCAUGUAGCUGCAUUUCCAAGCAUACACGCAACUUACCGAGCUGUCUUCAGUGCACUUUUUCCAUUUUUGAACACGCAAUCGCUCUGGAAGGCUCUAGCAACGCAUAUUGCUUUUUUGCCCAAAGCUACAGCUGCAGCUUGAUUGAGCUUCCCAUUACCUUCCUUGAAGAUCACCCACAGACACUGGACGGACCAAAAUAAAGAGGCGCAAAAAGCUUGUUGUCCCAGUGCGUGCGCCUGCAUAUCAACCAUCCCUGCGUCGUCAUCUCUCUUUGGCUCGUCAUAUCUUCAACGACGACACCUUCGUCACCCCCCACUGAAUGAAUGUCAGCCAAACCAGGCGACCGCCUCAAAGAUGAAGGCACCCGCCUCCAAGUCACCGCCGCCGGCGCCACAGCCGGUGUAGUCUCUCGCUUCGUCAUAGCCCCCCUAGACGUAGUCAAAAUCCGUCUCCAACUCCAAACCCACUCUCUCUCCGACCCCCUCUCCACCCGCAACCUCCACGGCUCCCCUAUCUACAAAGGCACCCUCCCCACCCUCCUCUCCAUUUUUCGGUCUGAAGGCCUCACCGGCCUCUGGAAAGGAAACCUCCCCGCCGAACUCCUGUACCUCUGCUACUUCGCCGUCCAGUUCACCACCUACCGCCAAACCACUCUCCUCCUCCACUCCACCCUCGGCGAGUCUACCCUCCCCCCAUCAGCAGAAUCCUUCAUCUCCGGCGCGGCAGCCGGAGCAACAGGCACAACAGCCACCUACCCCCUCGACCUCCUACGAACCCGCUUCGCCGCCCAGGGCAAUGACAAAAUCUACAAGGGCUUCCUCCCCGCCAUCAGACAGAUCCAUCACCAGGAGGGGUACAAAGGUUUCUUCCGGGGGUUAGCCCCCGCCCUGGGACAGAUCAUCCCCUUUAUGGGGACGUUCUUCGCCGUGUACGAGACCCUCCGUCCCAAAUUGUCAAAGCUGGAGCUUCCCUUCAGUUCAGGCGGGGCAUUGGCAGGGACGAUAGCUUCUGUUACUGCCAAAACAGGGACGUUUCCGUUGGAUUUGGUGAGAAAGAGAAUACAGGUGCAGGGCCCGACGAGGGGGGGGUAUGUGCAUAAGAAUAUACCAGAGUAUACCCACGGGACAUUUGGUACGAUGAGGGAGAUUGUAGCGCGGGAGGGGUUGAGGGGGUUGUAUAGGGGGUUGACGGUGAGCUUGGUCAAGGCUGCGCCGGCGAGCGCGGUGACCAUGUGGACUUAUGAGCGGGCGUUGAGGUUUUAUGGGAGUUUUGGAACAGGGGGGAAUAACGUCAAGGGGAUUUGAGGGUUUUGGGUAGCAAAAAUGGGUGUAUACAAGGAUACAGCACUGUAGAAACGGGAUAUAUUAGUUAGAUGAGAAUUGUACAUAAUAGACCACACCACUUACAUGAACAUACCGCAAAUAAGAGUUGAGAGUCAAUUUCUCACAAUUCAAAAGAGAAACAGUAUAAUUCUACCCCCAAGCCUUUUCUGACUUUUAAAAAAAUGGCAAGCUUUCUACGUAUUGAUACAAGAGGGAUAAUUCCGCUACCGCCUCUGCUACCCCUUCUCCCAGGCUAGGUACACAUAUCACUUUUUCCCAACCCCAUUUUUUGUCUACCUCACAGCACACAACCA